CCAACUGAGCAAAUACUUUGAAAGAUCACAAUGUCAAAGCGAGGACGCGGAGGUUCCGCCGGGAACAAAUUCCGUAUGUCACUGGGUUUACCGGUGGCGGCUACAGUCAACUGUGCCGAUAACACUAGAGCUAAGAACCUUUACAUAAUCUCAGUAAAGGGUAUAAAUGGUAGGUUGAAUAGGUUGCCAUCAGCUUGUAUAGGUGAUAUGGUGAUGGCUACUGUAAAGAAAGGGAAGCCUGAUUUAAGGAAGAAAGUUAUGCCUGCUGUUAUUGUUAGACAGCGCAAACCUUGGCGACGAAAGGAUGGUGUUUUCAUGUACAAGAUUGUUUAUCUUCAAUGUAAGGCUACACUUUUAUAUCCGUGGUCAGAUCUUGUUCAUUCCGAGCAUCAUAAGGCAGAUUAUAUCUUUGAGGUGGUGAAUUUUUCUUUUUGACAGUAGUGAUGCAGA